GCAUUCUGGGUAAUGUUGGAAGGACAACGUUAAAGAUGGCGACGUCCUCACCAGUGGGACGCGUUUUGACUCUUUGCAAGCAGUUUCAAAAUGUCUUUAGGAUAUCCUCAGCCGUGAAUACCCAGAAGUGUUCUUCUGCUCUCACCAAAUUCGCGCCUCGUCUGUUCAGGGAAACGUCUCCUCUUGCUGCCCUGUCAUGGCACAGUCCGAGCAGCUCUGUGGGUCAGUGUCGAGCUCUGCACACAACCAUCUGCAGGAGAGGGCUGGACGAGUUCUUUGACCUCCCCGACAACUGGGGAGAGCCCACCGUGAAGUCAGGUGCACCGUGGACGGCCAAGCAACUGAGAACAAAGAGCAAUGAAGAUUUACACAAACUCUGGUACGUGCUGUUAAAAGAAAAGAACUUGCUGCUCACACUUGAGCAGGAAGCGAAGCGGCAACGGGUUCCGAUGCCGAGUCCAGAGAGAAUGAGGAAGGUUCAGCGCUCAAUGAUCAGAUUGGAGACGGUGGUGAAUGAGCGAGAGAGUGCACUGCGACUGCUGCAGACAGGACAGGACAAAGCCAGACCAGGAGCCUGGAGGAGGGACAAAUUUGGACAUGUCUACUGGUAUCGAUUCAAAGAAUAUGCUAUUCCUUGGUACAUGAACAGGCGGUAUAAGCGAAAGUCCUUCUUCACACCCAAGUUUGUCCAACCUCACAUAAGGCUGCGCUUAGAGAAGUAUCUUCGACAGAGGGCCAGGAAAUCGAGUUUAGAGCGGAGAACUCAGUCCAAACUCAAGGAGAAUUUUCCUCACUCUAAUAUUUCUGCAUCUUAAAAUCUAAAGUAUGUAUUUUACAGCUGUGAGCCAGCCACAAGUUCUCUGCGGAGUUCAUAUGAAUACCCAAUUUGAAUCUGCAUGUAAAAUCAUUGAAGGUGGUCAAACUGUCUCAAGUUGAGUGAACGUAUUUGAUUUGUUUAGUAGUUAUUUGAUCAUAAAAUAAACUAUACUACACGA